GUGAGGAGGAGGAGUCCCUGCACUCCUUAAGUCCAGUCUCUCUGUGUGCUUUGAUGACCUGAGGUGGAAGAAACACAACAUGAGUUCGCUUCAAGACAUCACGGUGACAGAGAAAUUUACAUUUAAUCCAAAAUUAGGGAUUGAUAACCCAGCGAUGGUCCUCACAGACUGCACAGACUUGGAGCUGACCCCCAGGCCCCGCCUGUGUGUUCUGAAACGAGAAAACGGGGAGACCUUCGGCUUCAACCUGAGCGUGGAGAUGGGUAACUGUGGACAUGUGAUCAGAAAUGUGCUAUCAGGGGGUGUCGGGGAGCGCAGCGGCCUUCGAGAUGGAGACAGACUUCUGGAGGUCAACAACUGCUACGUGGACGAUGCUCCUCACCCUGAGGUGGCCAGAAAGAUUAAGCUUAGUGGACAGCAGCUGUGCUUGUUAGUGCUGGAUGGGGAGUAUUACAAGCAGGCUGUGUCAGAAGGUCAGAACCUCCAGACUCUGGUCAGAACACACAAGCAGGAUGACUGCAAACCACCCAGGCUGUGCCACAUCACCAAGGAUCAUGCCUCAGGUCUGGGGAUCAGCUUUACACCUCUGGAAGGAGAGAAAGGUCGCUUCUCCGUCAGCCUGGUGAGAGGAGGAGCAGCUGAGAAGGCAGGGGUGUGUAAAGGAGAUCACUUGGUGUGGAUGAACGGAGCCAUGGUGUCCCACCUCACACACUCUGCACUGUCCCGAAUGCUGAAAAGAUGUGGCAGUGCCAUCACCAUCCUGGUGAUCGACAGUGAGAGUGAGAAGAUCUACCUGAAGAAGUCCAUGCCCAUCCUGCCUGCCAUGGCUGUCCCACACAACAUGCCCUUCAAAGCCCGAAAACUGCACCUGAUCUCUGGACCUGCAGGCUACGGCUUCCUGCUUCGACAAGAGAAAACACCAUCAGGAAACAUACAUCAUGUUCUGCGGGAGGUGGACAGGGACAGUCCUGCUGAGACUGCAGGGAUGAAGGAUGGACAGAUCUUACUGGAAGUUAACGGAGAGUCAGUGGAGUCGCUGAGUCAUGAAGACAUCGUGGACAGAGUGAGACGGAGUGGACAGCAGGUGUCCUUCACGGCCAUCACUCCCUCAGGACUGGACUUUUAUUCCAAGCUCGGUCUUUCUCCUCUCCUGUUUUGUGAGGACGAUGCAGCUGAGAAACAGGAUGAAAAUACAGCAGCAGCUGCUAACGGUCAGUCGUCAAAGGAAARUAAAGACUUGUUCAGUCCGAGGCUUUGUAUUCUUCACAAAGAUGUGCAGGGCUUUGGCUUUAAGCUGAACCAGGACCCUCAGAGACCUGCUGUUUUCAUUAGUCAGGUGGAUCCUGGUGGUUCUGCACACAGGGCCGGACUUGUUGUGGGUGAUGUCGUUUUGGAAAUCAAUGGAGAAAAGGUGGAGGAGAAACACCUGGCAGAUGUGACUGAGCUUGUGGAAAAACAGACGAGUUUUCUUUCUUUAUUAGUAAAGAAAGAGACGAGCUGCAACAAACUGAGAGAGACUGAAACAGCAGUCGGUGAUGUCAGAGACAGACAGGUAAACUUUUAUAUAAAAUAUCCAGAAUUUACUCACUUUUUCUCAUUUUCUCUUAUUGAAGUCUGAUUCUACAGUUGUUUA